AUGGCGGGAAGCAAUCGAACUGUUGUCUCAGAAUUCCUCCUCCUGGGACUGUCAGAUGUGCCUGAGAAUCAGCCCCUCCUCUUCAGUCUGUUCCUGUCCAUGUACCUGGUUGCUGUGGUGGGGAACCUGCUCAUCAUCCUGGCCAUUGGCUCUACCUCCCAUCUCCACACCCCCAUGUACUUCUUCAUAGCCAACCUGUCCUGGGUUGACAUCUGCUUCACUUCUGUCACUAUACCAAAGAUGCUGCUCAAUAUCCAAACCUUGAGCCAGUCCAUAUCUUACACUGGAUGCCUUACUCAGAUGUAUUUUCUAAUCUUGUUUCUAGAACUGGACAAUGUCCUCUUGGCAGUGAUGGCAUAUGACAGAUUUGUAGCCAUAUGCCACCCUCUUCACUAUACCAUAACCAUGAGCCCCAAAUUCUGUAUCACAUUAUUGUCUCUGGCUCUGAUUAUCACAAACAUCUAUCCUUUGAUCCACACCCUUUUGAUGGAUACACUGUCAUUUUGUGCAAGUGUCAGAAUUCACCAUAUUUUCUGUGAACUCUAUGCAUUGCUAAAGCUUUCUUGUUCAAGUAUCCAUGACAAUGAGUUGGUUGUUUACAUCCUGGGGAGCUUUAUUUUUGUUGCUCCUUUCCUCUUUAUUUCUAUCUCCUACAUGCACAUUUUCUCAGCCAUCCUAAGACUUCGUUCCUCCCAGAGCAAACUUAAAGCCUUUUCCACUUGUAGUUCCCACCUUGUUGUGGUGUCAUUGUUCUAUGGAACUUUAUUUGGGGUGUAUCUGCGUCCUUCUUCUUCCUACACAUCUGAGGAUUCAGUGGCCACUGUGCUGUAUGCAGUGGUGGCUCCCAUGCUCAACCCCUUCAUUUAUAGUCUUAGGAAUAAGGACAUGAAAGGGGCCCUAAAGAGCCUCCUCAGCUGGAGAAAGAUCUGGCCUUGGUGA